UAGAGAGUCGGAGAAGAUUGAUAGAGGUUCAGAGCAUCAUGGCACUCCACAUUCAUCUCUUGGCCCUGCUGCUUCUGGCCGCAACAGCCACUGCUUCACACUUCUAUGGAGGAUCAAUGACCUUCAACCAGAGACAGACCAGUGAUGGUAGCUAUAAGGUGGAUAUUCGUUUUAAGGAGGCCUAUCACGUCUGUGAUAUAGGUGAUGAAUGGUACUGUACGCUUGGAAACUGCGGCACCAGAACCAGAUUUGUGAGUGGUCGUAUAGAUUCAAGUCACAAUGGUGGAUCCUGGUGUCAAUCUGAGGCCGUCAUGACAAGAACCCUCACCAGCAACUUGCCGUUUCAGCUACGAAAAGCUAGCUGCUGUUGGAUUUCAAACGUAAUCACAACAGGUGGAAACUGGAGACUUACAACGACCAUCGACCUCGGAGUCAGAUCUGACACCUCUCAGCCCAACAGAUCUCCAGUCGCAACCACACUACCCAUCGUUAGAGUUCCUCAGAACUGCCCCAGGAACUACAACCUCCUUUCCUGUGAUCCAGAUAAAGAUCAGGUUCGAUGCAGAUAUGGACUCCUGAAUGCAGAUGAAUGUGGAAUGUGUAACCAACAUGCAGGAUUCACUCUGGAUCAGAAUACCUGCACUCUGUCCUAUAACAACACUUCAACACGUGGUGUUUACGUAUUCGAGCUCGUCAUGGAAGAUUAUCCUACAAAGAACAUUAGUUUGGGAUAUUCCAAUAAUUCCACAGUGCUCAGAGUGCCUUUUUCCAACAGUCCUUCCUUUCAACCACUGAGCAAAAUCCCUCUCCAGUUUUCUUUGGAAGUGGAGGCUCCAGCACCGUCUUGUGUUGAGGGCUAUUACAUGCCUCGGUUCAUCCACCCAACACCUGCACACGGGGAACACCUGGCUGCUCGCGUUAACCAAGAGCUGGAAAUCAGAAUAAAGGCAACUGCCAUCUAUACAAGUAUCGUUGAUGUGGUCAUUAGUGGACCUCUGAACAGCACAAAGGAGGUCACCACCUCUGGAGAGUAUGUGAUCAACUGGACACCAACGCCAGACAACCUUGGCCAACAUUUCCCAUUUUGCUUCAUUGCAGAAGCUGCCCAGAAUGCGUCCAGAACAUACCAAUCUGAGAUGAGAUGUGUCAUUGUUGUGGUUGGUCGUGCAGGUCCAAAAGCUGAGGUUGUAUGCACUAAGGAUCUAAUGUCCGUGACAGUAGAACGAGCCAAUAUUUCUGGUAUCCAUAGCAAUCACCUGCGGCUCAACGAUCCUUCCUGUCCCGUUACUUCCAAUGACACCCAUGUUUUCGCCAAUUUCUCCUUGAACGCCUGUGGGACUCAGAUGGAAGAGACAGAUGAACAUCUAAUUUUCAAGAAUGAAAUUGUCACAUAUGAUAAUCCAAAAGAUAUCAUAACCAGGAGACACGAGGUGGAAAUCGAAGUCAUGUGCAAGUUCCACAAGCAGAGCAGUAUAACGGCUAAAUUUGACGCUCACAGGCCGUCCAUCAACAUCACAGAGAGGGGCUUCGGUACAUUCAGCUAUCAGUUUGAGUUUUAUGAAUCUGGUUUCACCACCAGAAAAAGUCCAAACUCUUACCCACUGGAGUACGAAGUGGCAGAGACCAUCUACAUGCAGAUUUCACCCGUCAAUUUGGUGAAAAAUACAGAAUUGUUCCUGGAGUCCUGUUCAGCAAAACCCUACGAUAAUCCCAGUUAUCCCAUCUCUUACCCCAUCAUUGCAAAUGGAUGCAAGCUUGAUAGCACUGUUAAGUUCCUCUCCAGUCGUCAGUCCAGUGUCAAGUUCAGUAUGGAAGCCUUCAAGUUCAUUGGACAGUUUGACCAGGUAUUCAUCACCUGUUCAAUCAUCAUUUGUGAAGCCAACAACCCCUACACCCGCUGUGCUCAGGGCUGCACCAAUGGCUCAGUACCUCUUCCAUCCUCUCACGUGCACAAAAGAGAAGCUCCCAUGCAGACUGCAAGUCACUUCAUCUCUCAGGGUCCUCUGAGACUCAGGAGGAGUUCAUCUCUUACUGAGUUCGCAAGCCAAAGCCUGAAUCUGAAUCUGGUGUUCGUCGCCGGAUGUCUUCUCGCUGUAGUUGGCAUGGUGUGUGGAGUGAUGGUCUACAAAUCUAGGACUUCAAAGAUCAACUAUCAGCUUUUGAAAUCAGAUGAGAUUUGAUUCGAUCAGUUUCAUCAGCAACACGUUUAGUGAAUUUUUGAACUAGGUGUUUUUUAGGUUAAGGGAAAUCUAAGUGGAAAAUAAUAAUAAAAAAACAUGAUUAAAAUAAUGAUUUUAAACAUUUAGAUAAUGCAAUAUAUGUAUGCCAGAGGUGUUGGCAAAUAGGUGCAUUUUUUUAAAUACUUAUUGUCAUAAAAGUCUUUCGGGGCUUAAAAGUAUGUUUUUUCAAAUCAACUUGUUUGUUUUCCAUGCUGUGUAUUUGCAACUUUUCUGAGGUGACAAAUAAAGCUUGUAAUGUCAAAUUUC